AAAAUCGUCCAGGUGCCUUGACUUGAACUUGUUCAUUGAACAUGGCCAGGCACAUACAAAUGAUCAUUAUUAUUGCGAGGACCUUGCCACUGGCCAGCUUUCACGAACGUUUACCGAAUAUUUCCGAUCUAGGGACGACUUUUGGAUUCUGGAUGUUUUGACUCCACUUUCUAUUUACCUACGCGGCUCGGAGCACUCUCAGAGCAAUUUCAAAGUGUAGAUGAUACAAAAGCUGCGAUGCCUUUUCUUCCUCAGUGUUGCUCCCUUUCUCCGCCGAAAUCGAAGCGUCCGGGUCAUAACGUGCAGAAGAAGCCUUGCAUCAUUAUCAGCAGCUUGCUUAAACACAGCUCUGAGCUACAUACCCUCCUCCCCCCCUCUAUCUAUCAAGGCUAGAACGGCAGAACUACCUGACAGACUCCUGCUAUACCAGAAACAACGCGCCUUUCAUCUAUUAAAUGGAUCGGAAUUUGGCUUUGGAUAGCACAACCUCAGAGAACUGUUUUCGAAUAGCAUCCAUAUCCAUCGCGUUUUACGAUUAUCUUAUCACGCUUCCCGCAGAAUGGCGGUUUUACCGAAGUCAACCGUCAAUUUUCCGUAUCAGCCUUCCCUGCGUCCUGUUUAUUCUCAUACGCUAUUUCAGUGUCCUAGUCAUGAUACUCAGUAAUUAUGGAUACUUCGCCACCGGCUUUACCCAACAAACGUGUCGACAUUACUAUCUCGCGGCGCCUGCCUUCAAAGUUAUGCAAUCUAUGAUAUCACAGGUUAUCCUGGGUGUUAGGACAUUUAAUAUCGCAGGGAGAGACAGGAGGCUAGGAGUUGCACUGCUGCUGCUAUACCUCAUCACCGUUUCGGUGGAAUGGUUCACCAAUCUAUAUCACCGGAUCCCUGUCGUUGUUGAAGGAAACUGCACCCCGGUAAAUUCUGGCAAGGAAAUGUCUGCCUGGCUCUACUACCUCGUCGUGAUGUUGUAUGACCUCGUGAUGUUGACAAUUUCUACCAUACAUCUUCUGCGUUAUAAUCCUCUCAGCAGCAGAGUAAGUCGAUUGGUACGAGUCCUGAUAUAUGACGGUAUUGGAUAUUUUAUCGUGCUGUCAGCGACGAACCUAUUGAACCUCAUUCUUUAUCAUACGAACGAUUCCGAGGCUCAGUCGGCGGGGGCGUCACUGGGUUAUGCUGUAACAUGGAUUAUGAGCCAGCGGAUCCUCAUACAUAUACGAGAAAUGUCAGAGCCAGACCCUCGACGCCUCGAAAACGUGGUUCUCGCACGUCCCACCAUACAUAGCAGUUCGCGGAAGAACGUGAUGUCCGGUCUCCGCUCACAGUUCGAAUCUAAAGGCCACUCUAAAAACUCUAAAAGCCCCACUGGUCCAGAGUUCCCGCCCACAUCAUCUCGCAAUGGGCAUCCCGAAGACGUGGAACUUGCCAUACGUGUAUGCGGCGAGCGCUCGGUGAAAGUAGACUAUGGCUAUGACGAUUCGAAUUCGUGGGAUAAGCCGACGGUCAAAUGAGUCUGGAGGCACAAGCGCUUAUCAAGUCCGUGUUCGGUGCUACUAGUAUUGUCAGAAGUGCUUUGUUUGCGCAGGUUGCAUAUAAGAUACAAAGCGGUUUCAGCGAUGGAGUUACGGUCAAGGGGCUAGCUAAUGUGUUACUUUUGGGUUAUGUCGCCGUAUAUGUACUAUCUGCAUUAAUAUUGUUACCAGGG